GUUCAUGUGCCAGUGAAUCCUGCAGAGACAGACCAGAGGACGGGACUUCUACUUUCUAAACUGCAGGAACAAGACAGAAAAGCUCUCCCGAGCAGAAUCCAACUGUUUCCUGCUGGGAGGCAGAAGCAGUGCGGAAGAGCGUUUCCAUCUGUCACAUGUACUGAGUUCUGUCUGGUGGGGAACUACUGGUAAACAGCCGUCAUGGCUCCCAGCUUGGCCCAGGCCUACAGGAGGAGGUGGUAUAUGGCUGUCACCACCAUUUUUGAGAACUUGUUCUUCUCUGCUGUUCUGCUGGGCUGGGGCUCGCUGCUCAUCAUGCUGAAGAAAGAGGGAUUCUACUCUCACCUCUGCACCGAAAACGAGACAGUUUCCAGCAACGAGACGGCGGUGGAGAGCCGAGGCUGGAGGAGCUGUGUGGAGCAGGAGGAGAUGCUGAAUCUGGGCUUCACCAUCGGCUCCUUCCUCCUGAGCGCAGCCACGUUUCCUCUGGGGAUUCUGAUGGACAGAUAUGGGCCGCGGCCACUCAGGCUUAUUGGCAGCUCAUGCUUUGCAGCCUCCUGUGCAAUGAUUGCUGGAGCUGCAUACGACCCUGAAGUGCUGUCCUUCCUCAUCUUCUUUGCUGUCUCCUUCAACGGCUUCGGAGGAAUCUGCCUGACCUUCACCUCCCUCACACUGUCUAACAUGUUUGGGAACAUCCGAACCACCGUCCUGUCCGUGAUGUUCGGCUCCUACGCUUCUUCAGCCGUCACCUUUCCUGGGGUCAAGCUGAUUUAUGAUCUGGGGGUGUCGUUCCGGGUCAUUAUGUGGGUGUGGACCGGUAUGGCCUGCUUGGUCUUCCUAAAUUGCUACGUAAACUGGCCGGGUGUGUGCUUCCCUCCACCUGAAGAGAUCAGCUUCACUAAAAAAGGGAGGUUGAAUGAGGGUGUGAGUGAGGACAGGACGGCCAUGGAGGACAUGACGGGGGGCAAGCAGCCAGAACCCCAGCAGGGAGAACCCCAGGGCACAGACACAGCCUCGGUGCCGCUCUGCCGCUCCGUGUGCUCGCCCAUCUUCCUGUGGAGCGUCAUCACCAUGGCGAUGGCCCAGCUCAGGCUCAUCUUCUUCAUGGGCGCUCUGAACAAGAUGGUGGAGUUCCUGGUCACCCACGGCGACCCCCACCCCUCGGAGCAGCUGCAGAUGGAGGUACAAGAGAAAGUUGGUUUCUACUCGUCUGUCUUUGGCGCGAUACAGCUGCUUUGUCUACUGACGUGUCCUUUAAUCGGUUACAUCAUGGACUGGAGGAUGAAAGAAUGUGAAGAGGAAAACGCAAAUGUGCAAAAGAGCAGAAGCCAAUCCAGUCCCCCAAAGAGAGACAGAAAGAUCCAGAAAAUGACCAAUGCCAUGAGAGUUUUCAUCAUCACCAAUUUUCUCUUGGUGGCCUUUGGAAUCAUUUCCUUGAUCGACAACUUACCCAUACAGGUCAUGUCGUUUGUGCUCCACACCAUUGUGAGGGGCUUUAUCCACGCCUGCUGCGGCGGUCUCUACGCUGCUGUCUAUCCCUCCAACCACUUUGGGACACUGACCGGUUUGCAGUCCAUGAUCAGUGCAGCAUUCGCCCUACUCCAGCAACCACUGUUCAUUCUGAUGGUGGGUCACCUCAACGGGGAUCCUUACUGGAUCAACGUGGGCCUUCUCAUCUUCUCCCUGACGGGCUUCUUGUUGCCGGGCUACCUGUUCUAUCACCGUAGAAACCUGUGCAAGGCCAAGGCUGCUGGAGACAAGGCAGCUGCCCUCUAGCCCGAGUGUGAGAACAUGCUGGACCUGCACACCCCAGCGGGCACACACCAAAUGGACAUACCGCUUAACAUUUUGUUUUGCAGGUGAAAUUAAACUUUAUAUUUUUCUGUCUUUUUUUAAAUGGCAAUUUAGUAGUUUGUGAAUAUUGUGAGGAUAAUCAUGCAACCUCAUUCAUCAAUGGUACAAAUCACUAACCACUCAAACAUGUCAUACUGUACACAGAAGACAAGAUUCUUUUUUAUCCAUAUUUUAAAUAGCCUAAAUGUAAAGAUUAGAACCAGUAAUAGUGCCACAUAUUUGCAAGAAAAUCAUACUCAGGCCUCCAGUUUGAAAACGAAAAAAGUAUAUAUGUUAUUUAUUCUGUGAUUGUAUGUAAUAUUCAGCAUGUUUAAUUGAUCCGGUGGUUAGAGUGGUGAUUUCACAAAAUAAAGACUUUUAAUGACAAAAUAAGAGGGACCAUAAUAGUAACAUCAAAUAAAAUCCAUUAGCUCUUCAAAGUAAUGAAUUGGCUUAGAUGUUCUUUGGUAAAGUGAGCGAUGACAGCAGCAGACACGUUGCUUCCUGCAGUAGUGAGCCCUGUUGUUUAUUUUGAUGUUUCUACGGGUUUCAGUGCGCCAUGUCAUCACUUUGAGGUCAAUCCCCAUAAAUCCUAACGGAACCUUUUGGACCUGAUGAAUCUUAAUUGAUCGGGUCCAAAAGAUGGAGCAACCACAGCAACUUUGAUGUAAUGAACUUAAGAACUGCUUUAUACAGAGUACUGGGGAAUCAAUCAAUAUUUAAAGGGGACCUAUUAUGGCAUCUAAUCCCUAUUUUAAACAGGCCUUGAAUGUCUUGAAAACAAGCUUUUGAUUGUUUUUGCUAAAUAAAUUAGAAAUUCAGCCUCUAAACCAUGUCUUUAUCUUCCCAUUCUCUAACCUCAUUAUCUAUGCAGGAUUCUGAGUGGGCGGGGCUAUGAUAAUGAGGCUCUGUGCUGAUUGGCUGCCUGAAUGACGCGAUACACCGCUACGAAAAAAUGGCGGAAGCUCCAGCUGGCGGAGUUACACCGUGUCAUAACUGCAUGCGAGCGAGCGUCAGCGACAAAAUCAAUUCCAUUGCUUUAUUUUCUAUUGGACUGUCCUAACUGGCCGCAGCGGCGCAGCGGCACAGUCAUGAUGAGGAACGGCUCCAGUUAGUUGAAAUGAGAAGUUAUCUCUAUGAUUCCUCCUCAUUUCACUACAAAAACCUCAAUAAAGUGGCAGCUGCUGGAGGGAGAUGGACAGAGAGCGUAAGAUGUCACGCAGUGCUACGAUAGUCGGACGCUCGCAUACAGUUACACGCUUUUAUAGUUGUGGGCGUGGUUUGCAUUUUGGUUCCGUAACGACGGGAGCAGAAUCUGAAUGCCUCGUAGAAGCCACAUCACACUGGACGGCUGCAGAAUUUGGUUGCUUUCCUCCUUCUCUGCGUUGGCAGGCUGAGGGGAGACCACUUUAUAUAUGUUAAAGCAAGAAAAAACCUGUUUUUCAUAAUAGGUCCCCUUUAAAUUAAAAAAUUGGUGCGAGUACUCCGGAAGCUUGCCAGAAGCUUCCAUCCCCUCCAAGUACUCGCUGCAGAGAGCAGAGACGUGCAGGAGUUGGACCAUUGGUGACAGGAGUGUUGAUCCUGUUACCGUGUUUGGGCUGCAGAGGGAACGUGGGACUGACCGCAUAAUUCAUGAUCAUGUGGACCCUUCAAAUCAUCCCCUAGUGGCUUUUAGAGGAAUAGCUGGUCAUUUUACUAAUUGAAUGCAAUUUAGAGGAGAAGUCCGAAGAAAUUACUUAAAGUGCGGGUUUAAAAAACACAUUUAGUUUUCAAUCUUGCUCUUUAUAUUUCAUAAAAUGAAAAGCUGGAGUUUCAGUGCCAGCAAGUGUCACUGUAUCUGAAACAAAUCUGAUAUAUUAGGAAAAUACAUUAUAUUUAUAUGGAAGUUGUAAUACAAUCCAGUGUUUGCAGUUUUGUAAAUGGAGCAAGUCAGGGAAUUGAUUUUUCGCUUGUUUGCAGUUGAUUCUGAAAGCAGACUGUAUCUGUUCUGGCUCAGUUUGAAACAUUAUUUAUCUCGUGCUAACCCUUCAUAGAGCCACUUAUAAAAGUCAGUUUAGAUACAUUUUGUAAUGUAUUAGUAUCUGUUUUCUGUAAUUUUGGUAAAAAUGUAAUGCCUUUUGUGCCUUUGACUAGUGAUUAUGUUUAUUUGCACUUAAGCUUGUAAUUCUUCUGGAAGUGACACCAAUUUGCUGAUGUUUCUUUCCAAACACACUUAUGUUUAGCCAGUGGAUUCAACUAAAUACUAUUAUUAAAUAACAGUAUUAAAGAAAGAAAAGAAGAAGGAAAGCAGCAACAUCAUUAGAUGAGAAUCAUGUCAGCAACAAUCAUUCAACAACACUCCAAACAGGACGAGGUGUUGGUCCCAUGAAAAUAAGAUUCAUUUUGAGUGGACAAAGCUCCUCCUCUUCACUUUCCCCCAAUUAGUCUUUUUAUUCAUGUCUCACACUCUGUGCAGGCACAGAUUUGGUGAGUAAGCAAAGAAAUAUGAAAGAAGUUGGAUGUUUAGGGAAAUGGAUGAAAUGAGUCAGCAUAAAUGAAUAACAAACAAAGGUGUGGUUAGAAAUGAUAAUGCAGCUGUAGCAGGAGUGGGGAGUGGAGGGGUGGUAGCCUAGCGGUUACAGAGGUUCCAGUCCACCGUGGGCCCUUGAGCAAGGCCCUUAACCCUCCAACUGCUUCCUGAGCGCCGGAAAAAUGGCAGCCCACUGCUGCUAGUGUAACUAGUGAUGGCAGAGGACUCAUUUCAGUGUGUUUCUAGAGAUAUACACUGACUAAUAAAGAUUGUUAUUGUUACUCUUUUACCUGUGCUUUUCAUGCAAACACUCACACUUAGCAAAGCAAGAUGAAUUCAGGUUUGGAGCACAACAUGAUGUGAAAUAUGUAAAUAAAGCUUCUGCAGCAUCAGAGAAGGUGUGAUGAUAACCCAAUAAA